AUGGCCGAUUACCAUGUGGACGAUGCAUGUCAGACAUGCAACGCACAGCAAACAAAAAAUGGCACUUACCAGGUGGUUUCGUCAAGCAAUAUUGAUAAUCUUACCACACAACCCACUACGAUGGAAAAUUCCCUCAACUACCUACUCUUACCAGUUGAAGAUUGUGCAAUCUGUGGCGACGCCUUCGGCACAACUCAUCACCCAGCCGCCCUGCCGUGCAAGCACAUAUUUGGACACGCUUGCAUUGAGAAAUGGUUUAAUAAUGGUAAAGGUAACAAUAGAGCAUGCCCGACAUGUCGCUUUGUCGUCGUCGUCAAAAAGGAGUCUCCAGAGCCUCCCUUCACCGUGUCAUCGAUAUGGGCAGCACUCACCGAGCAGCCGCUAGAUCGCCUCCAUGCUUUCAUGAGGCACAUAUGGAACCGCCUCCAAAUGCUCUGGCAGCAAACUCCUGAUGGAAAUUUCACUGUUACGCAAAUCCUGGAGGGUGCCAUCAUACCAGCACUCUUGCAAACCGGUCGUGAAACUCUUACAACCUCGUCGUUGGAACCCGGGACUCUCGUAGGCAGCCCAAUACUGCAAUCGGACUUGCCAUUCCUCUCGUUCGCCUCGCGCGUUUGA